AUGACAGAGGCAGAGGACAGAGAGGACAAAGGGUUUCUCCUGGCCACCUGUAUGGUGGCUGUGCUGCUGCAGGAGGCCGGUGCAAUCCCAGCACGCCAGGUCCCUGUCAAGACCAAAGGCAAACAUGCAAUCCUUGAACAGGAAACAGAGAAGGCGUUGGGUACCAAAGCCGUGGAGGCCCUGGAGAAGGACAACCAGUUGGGGGCACUGCUGCUUGUGCCCAAGCAGAAGCUUGCAGCCGCUGAGCAAAAGCUUGCAGAUGCCAUGACUUUAGUGGAGACUGAAGAGAAAGACCUCCUGAGCCGUUUUCGGAAGCCUCUUCAUGGCCCAGAACCGGAUCUUGACAGCCUCCUCCAUCCAAAGUUUGAGGAGGUCCAGGAUGAAGCGGUGCCCCGGAUGUUGCUCAAGAUACAUCGUCAGGUGCUCCAGGGGCCAGAGGAGGAUCUUGACCACAUUUCCCACUCUCUGGAGCAUUCCAGCGAACCCUAA